AUGGUCCUAUGCAGGGUCUUGCAGGAGGAGAUUCUGGCUCCUGGGAGCCUCGAGAGCCAGCUUCCCUGGAAGAAGGACGGGGCUGCCUGGGGCGCGUGGUCCUCCCCCGCCCAAGGGCUGAGCAGGAAGGGGAAGUGCGGUCUGGCUGGGGCUCACUGCUCUGGGGUGGGCGGGAGGCCUGUGGGCGAGGAAAGUCUCCUGCCAGCUGCAUCGGAGCCACCGCAGUCCGGUUCCCGCAGUCCCCUCAGCCGCACACAGAUGGACACCCUUGCAACCCAGGGCCCCACUGUGAUGGACUGGUGGAGGAACAAUUUCUGGGUCAUUCUAGCCGUGGCCAUCAUCCUCGUCUCCUCGGGCCUGGGCCUCAUCCUGUAUUGUGCCUGUCGGCAGCUGCUCAGGCAGGGCAAGAAGUGGGAGAUUGCCAAGCCCUGGGAAGACAAGCAAAGGGAUGAAGAGAAGAUGUACGAGAAUGUUCUUAACGAACCGUCGGUUCAGUUACCCCCUCUGCCGCCCAGGGGUUUGCUUUUUCCGGAACACAAAUUCCCACAGGAGACCCCAAGUGAGCCACCAGCUACAUACUCGCGGGUCAACAAACUUAGAGACAAGAAGACCGUGUCCAUCCCGAGCUACAUCGAGCCCCUGGACGAUUACGAUGAUGUUGAAAUCCCCGCACAUAUGGAAAAGCAGCGUUUCUGAGAUCUCUGGCCCUUCUUUGCCGGCAAGUUAAAGAGGAUUUGCACAGCUUUUUCAACCCACUGAGAACAGAUGAAUCCCAACAGAGAGCGGGGUCCCGAGAGCCCGGGGUCAUGUCGUGGAGCUCUAGAGGACAGAGCUUGUGGUUUAGAGCCAGAAGCACCAGCAUCCAGAGGAACAGGGGCCAAGCUCUGCCCUGGAGACUCCAAAGGCUCAGGCCUUGAACCUUGAACCUCCCCGGAAGGACCUCUAGGUCCGGUGGCUCCCCCCCCCAACCCCACCACCCAUGAGAAACACUCUUUCCCUCCUCUUCUCUUGUUUGCUCAAAGUGAUGCCAAAUCUGGGUGUUGGGCUGCUGAGCCUCCAGGCUCCCAUCCCCAGCGCGGCCCCAGGGGUCCCACCCCACUCC